AUGGUUCUAAAUUCAAUGGCUAAGAAGAUUUAUACAAACUCUCAUUCCCUAUUUUAGCUCCUUAGGGGUGGAAUUUAUCAAAAUCCUUUCACAGCGGAUGCCUACGUCAUAACAUCUAUCUGCAUGCCAAAUUUCCACCCGAUCGAUUUAAAACUGACAGUCUCAUACAAACUUUCAUCCCCUAUUUUACCCCUUGGGGGUGGAAAUUAUCGAAAUCCUUUCAAAUCGGAUGCUUACGUCAUAACAUCUAUCUGCAUGCCAAAUUUCAACCCGAUCGGUUUAAAACUGACAAAGCCUCAUACAACUUUCAUCCCCUAUUUUACCCCCUUGGGGGUGGAAAUUAUCAUAAUCCUUUCACAGCGGAUGCCUACGUCAUAACAUCUAUCUGCAUGCCAAAUUUCAACCCGAUCGGUUUAAAACUGACAAAGUCACAUACAAACUUUCAUCCCCCAUUUUACCCCCUUGGGGGUAGAAAUUAUCAAAAUCCUUUCACAGCUGAUGCUUACGUCAUAACAUCUAUCUGCAUGCCAAAUUACAACCCGAUCGGUUUA